AUGGAACCCCCUUCUGGAUUCUAUGCUUCAUUGUGGAGUUUCAUCCACUUUCUUCCUUUCUUCAUUGGUCUUCUGGUUCUGGGAAGCAUUAAAGGUGUCAUUCUCCUCCCAUUGACAUGCAUAAUAAUGACAAUUGGGAACUCUGCUAUCAUACUUGGACUUUGGCCAGCGCAUGUCAUUUGGAGUUAUUACUGUGUUCUGAGAGCUAGGAAAUUAGGACCUCUUCUGAAGCUUGUUAUCUGCAUAUGUGUACUGCCAGUGCUGUUGAUUUCAUGGCCAGUGCUUGGUAUCAUUGGAAGUAUUGUAGGUGGAGCAGCCUAUGGAUUUCUUCAACCAAUAUUUGCUACUAUUCAAGCUGUCGAGGAGGGAAAAGAUGACAAACUUCUACACUGUUUUACUGAUGGUACUUGGAGCACUAUAGAAAGGAGCUGCAUGGUCGUUCGGGACUUAAAAGAUGUUUGUUUCCUUUCCUACUUCUCGGUUAUGGAUGACCUGCGACUGAACGGACCGCCUAAUAGUAAAUAUUAUGAAAUCAGUCUGCUGUAUCUUCCUGGUGCUUUUCUAGCUGCAGUUAUUGGAUUAUUAAUAGAUGUACCAGUUAUAUCAUUUGUUGCCAUAUGCAAAGGCCCGUACAUGCUUUUCAAAGGGUGGCACCGAUUGUUUCAUGACCUUAUUGGUCGUGAAGGUCCUUUCUUGGAGACAAUAUGUGUACCUUUUGCAGGUCUUGCUAUCCUUCUGUGGCCAUUGGCUGUUGCUGGGGCUGUUUUGGCAUCAAUUUUAGCAAGUUAUUUUCUUGGUGCGUAUGCCGGGGUUGUUGCUUAUCAGGAAUCUUCUUUUAGGUUCGGCCUUCGGUAUGUUAUUGCUGCUUUGUCCCUUUAUGAUGAAUACAGCAAUGAUAUUCUCGACAUGCCAGAAGGAACCUGCUUCCCUAGGCCUCAAUACCGGAAAAAUGACGAUUCAUCACUAAGAACUUCCGGCUCAGCUUCAGUUUCAAGACCUAGCUCCUUCAAAAAGGCUCCCUCUCGCUCAUCUUCAAUAAAAAAUAAUAUUGCCGAGUUGAAAUCACUUGAGCUGUUGGAUGGAUUAUUCAGGGAAUGUUGCAUUGUAGGAGAAAAACUGAUUUCUGAAGGUCUAAUUACAAGAAAAGACAUAGAAGAAGCAAAAUCUGGUAAAGGGAGUAAUGUUAUUACUAUUGGGUUGCCUGCAUAUUGUUUACUCCAGGGGCUUUUACGCUCCGCAAAAGUCAACUCCAUGGGUAUAUUGAUUAAUGAUGAUACUGAACUAACUCUGACAAACAGACCAAGGGAGAAGUUUUUUGAAUGGUUCCUCAAUCCCCUUUUGAUCAUUAAAGAACAAAUUAAAGCUGAAAAUCUAUCUGUCUCUGAAGAGGACUACCUCUGCAAAUUAGUUCUCUUGAAUGGUGAAGCAGAGAGAAUAAAAAAAUCAAGUAUUGGCCCGGCCCCAGAAUCAGAGGUCAAGCGUGCUGAACUUGAUGCUUUGGCCCGAAGGCUGCAAGGAAUCACCAAAUCCAUGUCACGGUUCCCAACCUUCAAGCGUCGUUUUGAUGAUCUUGUAAAGACAUUAUCAGAUGAUCAUGCAGAGAAGCAUGGACCUCCAUCAACACCGACGAUUAAUAGAUCAAAGAGUGCCUUUGGCCGGUUGAUUAGUUUCAAAUCUGUCAGGGGGGCAAGAACUUAUGGAUCUGGUCAUGGGUCAGAACAUAUUGUACGAGAUGAAGAAAAUUCUUGA